AUGCUGUUCUCGACCACCCUCGUACGAGCCAUGCUGGCCUUGGCUGGUUUUGCAUCCGCUCAGUCGCUAUCAGAGGAACAGCUGGCGGGUAUCCAGAAGGCCCAGGAGGCCUACCCGGACUGCGCAAAGAAAUGCAUGGCCGAGCUGGUGCCCGAGUCGGACUGCGAGGCGGACGACAUUGCGUGCCUGUGCACCAAUGAGGCGCUGACGGCGGAACUGACCAAGUGCGCCCUCGUCGGGUGCACUCUGUUCGAGAGUCUUGAGAUGAAGAACAUCACAAUGCACAGCGUAUGCGGCGCGCCCGUGCGGGACAAGCAUCUUCAGCCCUUGCUCAUAGGUCUGAUCGGUGGUGGCUUGGCCGCGCUCGCCUACCUGAUGCGCCUCUGUUCAACCUUCGCCAAGUCUGGCGGGCGGGCAUUGGGGAUGGAUGACCACAUGUGCUCGAUAGCUGUGCUCAUGUCGAUCCCUCCCACUGUCUUUUCUUAUACAUUGGUGAAGAACGGACUCGGUCGCGACAUGUGGACGUUGACCGCGGACAAGGUCGAGCACGUCUUGAUGUACUACUACCUGGGGUCCAUCUUCUACUUCGCCACCAUCACCUUUGUCAAGCUUUCGCUGCUGGCCUUCAUUCUGCGCGUCUUCCCCGACAAGAGCUUCCGCAAGAUCGUGUGGGUCGUCACGGGCUUGGUCGUGGGCUACGGUAUCAGCUUCAUUGUGGCCACCGCCCUCCAGUGCUGGCCUGCCGAAGGUGCGUGGCAGCAACUCAGGCCCGAGUGGAACGGCACCUGCAACAACAUCCAUCUCCAGAAGUGGAUGAGUGCGAUUUUCAACAUUGUGCUGGACCUCAUCUUGCUGGCGCUGCCCCUCAAGAACCUCUGGAACUUGCACAUGGAGGUGAAGAAGAAGGUCAUGAUCAUGAUCAUGUUCUCUCUUGGUAUCUUUGUGACCAUCAUCUCCGUCAUCCGCCUGUACUCGCUGGUGCUCUUCGCCAACACGCAAAACGUCACCUGGGACUACGUCGACGCCGCCUACUGGAGCACGAUCGAGGUCCACGUCAGCAUCAUCAUGUGCUGCCUCCCGUCCUGCCGCCAUCUCCUCGUCUCGCUUGGCGCGACCAUUCUCAAGUCCAAGAGCUUCUCCAGGUACGGAUCGCAAGGGUAUGGCUCCAAAUCGAACCCCCUCAACUCCAACCAAGGCCUGGAGCAAGGAGGCGUCAAGGUGGCCCAUUCGGUGUCAGUCCAGCAGACGCCCAAGCACGGCGACGAGCACGACUUUGUGCCGUUGGUGGACUAUCCCCACAACAAGGCUUUCGAAAAGACCUACACUGUCACGGCCUCCAAGUCAGAUAGUAAGACCUCUCUUUGA